AUGGCGGCACAAGGAGGGCUGCCGGAGUGGCUGCGUGCACUUAUGGAGGAAGCUUUUUUUGUUGAUUGUGUGACCCACGAGAGCAAAAAGAACAUAUUUUGCCUCUAUUGUUGCAUUAGCAUCUGCGAAAACUGUGUGCCUGAUCACCGAUCCCACCACCAUAUUCAGGUCAGACGUCGCUAUGGCAGUGCCUUAGUCAAAUUGGAUGAUCUCAAAGAGCUCAUUGAUUGCUCCCUAGUCCGGAAAUAUGCUGCAAAUAAAGAAAAAAUAAUGUUUGUGAGACCGCAGACUCAAGUUAAUGUUUCGAAUGUCAAACAUAAUAAUUGUUCCUUCUGUGGCAAUGUUCUUAAUUACAGCUUUCGCUACUGCAGCCUUUCUUGCAAGGUGGAGUACGUGCAGUGGAAAGAGAAUGGCAUAUCUAGCAUAUUGUUCCAAUUUGAUCCAUCACAAUUUGUAUUAGUUGAAUCCGAGAGCCUACAAACGGACGUCUAUGAUAAACCUGAUGAUGAAGCAUGUGUUGCUGAUCAUAAUCAGAUCACACCAGAUCUAGCUCCAAUAGACUUUGUGCAGGAGAAGGGAAGCUCGAGCGGAUGGAGCAUUAGUGAAAUAGUUGAAAGUUGUAAGAAAAAGCAAUGA